ACAGGAUCCGAGACGAAGCCAUCUGCACCACCAUCAACCCGAGAGCAAGUCGCAAGCAUACUCAGAACAAAGCUUCCUUCUCCUUCGUCCUAUGCCAAGAACUCUGCAUCCAACGGCUGGCCAGACCCACGUCACAAGGCUCUGCUCAAGAUGCUGCGCACGCACCGCCCGGCAACACUUGCCGAUGAGACGUUUGAGCAGCUGCCAGUUGGGCUUCUCAGUCCCAUUUUGGCUCAGGUCGAAGAGGACUGCGCGUACGCAGAUCCACUAGCCGAGGACACCGAUUUUGCAGUGAUGUUGAGCGAGGAGAUGUCCGGGACAUUCGCGGACGAGGACAGCAGGAGAGAAAAGUUUUGCGACAUGCUGAGCAAGGAAUUUUUUAUGCCCCUUAACCGGGCCACAGUCGGGUUAGGUGUGACAGAUGGGACGGCGAUGCUUCCGGUGGGGGUUGCCAGUGCGAUGGCUGUGAACACUGAGAUCAAACUGGAGGUCGGGCAGGGGGGAGGAGAUCCGCGGCUUCAGAAUGCAACAUACGCCGCCCACAAUGCAAGUCUUCAGUACGGGUCCCUGGGUCGCGUCAGCUACUGUCCAGCGCUGCUGAUUGAGCUCGCAGGGCCAAACAUGAGUUUGUCAGGCUUUGCUUUGGGCCAGUACGCUUGCUGCGAUCAGCUAUCGCAGAUGGUGUCGCUCCUCAGGCAGCCAAAGAGCGAGAUUGCUAUUGGAGCGGCACGUGCCAUCUUCGCCAUUCGGAGAGCCUGGCCGGCCCUGCAGGAGUACUACCAGAAGCUGGCAGAGACUCUGAAGGACUACUGGAGGCAGUCGGAGACUCCAAUGCCCAAUCAACAGCUGGAGUUUCCGUACCCAAACUUGUUCAAGCCAGACGGAGGCGACUCAACCCAGUCAUUGCGAUACCUCAAACGUCUAACGACUUACACCUUUGAGGCCGAGAGCAUGAGCAAGAAGGUGUUUGUGAAGUACUGCAAGAGAUAUUCGCGGGAGGCCCAUCUCGUGGUUCAGGAGGCGGGGCACGCGCCCCGCCUGCUAUGCGUUCAGUUGCUGCCUGGCCGGUGGGUGAUGGUAGUGAUGGAGUACCUGGAGACCGCUGUGACGUGGAGCGACUCCAUGGUGAAGCCGAUCGAGCAAUUAACUGCAGCAGUGAGGGUGAUGCACGAUGCGGGGUUCGUGCAUGGCGAUUUGAGGAGCCCCAACGUGCUGGUCCAAGACGAAAAGGUACAUCUGGUGGACUUUGAAUGGGCUGGGAAGGAGGGGCAUGUGAGCUACCCGCUCUUCAUGAAUCGUGCAACCGAGAUGUGGCCGGAAGGGGCGACUGACGGGCAGUUCAUCAGGAAGACGCACGAUGCUGAGUGGGUACGGAGACUACGAGCAGGAGAUGGUUAGUUAUGCAUAGACCCACCGGUUUGUGUCACGAGAGGUUGGAAUGAGGGUUAUCAUCAUUGUCGGGAGUUAUCAUCUGGGGGAUGAUGUUCGGUAGUUCUUGGGCCACGUUGCCGCAAGCUGGCUUCAUAAGCAAGUUCCCCGUGUCUCGCAACAAAUGGUCGCACAGCUGAGCACUAUAAGACGGUCUGGCUGGCAAGUUCGCCUCGGCACCAAUGAGGAUCGAGGCCUUCCUGCAGUGAAGGACCUUCUUGCAGCGAAGGACCGCGUGUGUGAGAGCAUGCCCGAGCAACCGAUCAAGUUCGUUCAAGUUCAUGCUGGCUCCCGUGGGAGAAUUUGACCCCUCUUGUGGGACUUGCAGAGAGUCGUUUUCUGCUUUGAAUUGUGCGGUUCUGGCACUGCACUCUUUGAUUGGCUCCAUUACAAGUCCGCCUCUCAGUUCAACUACCAAGCCAAUCGCCAACAGGUCGGUCGUUCAAGUUGAUGCGAAAGAAACGCCGCAAAACGAUUAAGGUGUAGGCAUCCUUCUCCUUCAAAGCACUUUGC